CCCUCCACUAACUGCCACUGAUCGAGCCCAGCGCUCCACUGCCUUCAUUCAUUCACACAUACUCUGUCUCCCCGUCUCUCUCUCUCCCUCCCUCUGUCUCUCGCGCUCAGAGCUGCUCCAGAGCUGGACCUUUACUCUCGGCAUCUUCCCGUUUUCUCCUUCAGCCUCACUUCUGUAACUGCUGUUCGCGGAGGAAACGAGCGUCGGGUUAAGUUCCUAUCCGCUGAGGAGAUGACAGAAGCGUCCCGCUGUCCAGCUAGCCGUCCAGCUAUGCUCAGCGCGAGAGCCACUGCCAGCUGAGAGGACAUGGACGGAAGCACUGUCCAGUUUGGAAGCGGACCACAGCGCGAAUAGCUGAAGAGGAGAAGAAGAGGAAGCUCGCAGUGCCAACGAGCCCCGUUCAGUCAUCGAUAACUCGGGUGGAAUGUGAAUCCACAGCGUAGUUGUAGCGCGUUUCUCACGGACCCGUUCGGUGGUUCCUGGAGCUCGAGCACGAAACCACUACAGGUGCAUCAGACAGCGAGCCUGAGGCUUCUGCAGAGGAGACCUUCACUUUCUGACCCGCUUCAGCCGUGUGUCGGCAGGAAAAGAGAAAGCCACAUCCUGCCCGGCUUUCCUGACCUUACUAGUGCUGCUGUCCAACGGGGAAGCCUCCAGGGUUCUGCAACACUCUGGCACAAACCCAGUGAGGGAAUAAGCUCAGCUAUGUCUGCCUAGCAGCAGCUCUCAGCCCACAGUGCGCCAGUGCAACCACCUGUUUGACAGACUACCAGAGCCCUAAUACAACCAGCUUUCUGUCAGAGCGACUGUGGGUACAACGCACAAAGAGGAUUUUCUCAGCCACUGUGGAAAACUGACCUUUCUCAACCAUGCAUCACUCCCUUCAAAGCAACUAUUUCUUCCCCCCUCUCCUCCUUCUUAUCUUUCUCUGUAUCCCCUCCAAUGCCAGCUCCCCUGACCUAGCCUACUCCAAUGCCAAUUGUUCCCAAGGCGACGUCUGCUCCGAGGGUGUGAUCUUACCCGUCUGGAACCCCCAGAACCCAUCGGUGGGUGAUAAGGUGGCUCGUGCCAUCGUCUACUUUGUGGCACUGGUCUACAUGUUCCUGGGCAUGUCGAUCAUUGCGGACCGAUUCAUGUCUUCCAUUGAGGUCAUCACCUCGCAAGAGAAGGAGAUUACCAUCAAGAGGCCCAACGGUGAGACCACCACAGCAACUGUGCGCAUCUGGAACGAGACUGUUUCUAACCUGACCUUGAUGGCUUUGGGUUCUUCAGCUCCGGAGAUUCUGCUGUCAGUCAUCGAGGUUUGUGGGCACCAGUUUAAAGCUGGAGACUUGGGCCCCAGCACCAUCGUUGGCAGCGCUGCCUUCAACAUGUUCGUCAUCAUUGGAAUCUGCGUCUACGUUGUACCUGACGGCGAGACCCGGAAAGUCAAGCACCUCAGAGUCUUCUUUGUGACCGCAGCAUGGAGUGUCUUCGCCUACGUUUGGCUCUACAUAAUCCUCUGUGUGUCAUCCCCCAGUGAAGUCGAGGUUUGGGAGGCCGUUCUCACCUUCCUCUUCUUCCCCAUCUGUGUGGUGCAGGCGUGGGUGGCCGACCGUCGCCUGCUCUUCUACAAGUAUGUCCGCAAGCACUACCGCGCGGACAAGAGCCAUGGCAUUGUGGUAGAGACGGAAGGAGGUGAAGAGAUGGUGAAGGAGACAGGUUUCACAAAAAUGGACAUGCUAGAGCUGGACGGUAUGGCAGCCCACCUUGACGGCAUGCUGGGAGGAGAGGAUGGAUUGGGAGGGCGCGAUCAGGAGGAGGAGGCCAGGAGGGAUAUGGCUAGGACACUGAAGGAGCUCAAGCAAAGACACCCGGACAAAGACAUGGAGCAGCUCAUCGAGAUGGCCAACUAUCAGGUGCUGGUGCAGCAGCAGAAGAGCCGAGCAUUUUAUCGUAUCCAGGCCACCAGGAUGAUGAUUGGUGCAGGGAACAUCCUGAAGAAGCAUGCAGCAGAUCAGGCCCGGAAGGUGGUGAGCAGUGGAGAGACUCGGGAGCAGGAGGACGACCCCUACACCACACGGCUGGAGUUUGAGCCAGCGCUCUACCAGUGCUUCGAGAACUGUGGCUCCUUGAAGCUCACUGUGGGGCGACAUGGAGGGGACGCAGGGUGUACCGUCAAGGUUGACUACCGUACUGAAGAUGGCACUGCCAACGCUGGCUCCGAUUAUGAGUUUGCUGAAGGCACUCUGGUCUUCAAGCCUGGAGAGACGCUGAAAGAGCUGACUGUGGGCAUCAUCGACGACGACAUAUUUGAGGAGGACGAGUACUUCUACGUCCACCUUAGCAAUCCACGAAUUGUGGGCUGGGCCGAUGGACAUCCAGUUGCCUUGGAUACCGGAGCCCCGACUCCUAAGGCAGCGCUGGGGGAGGCUCACACAGCCACAGUGACCAUCUAUGAUGAUGACCACGCAGGCAUCUUCACGUUUGAGAGCGAGUCUACGCGGGUCAGUGAAAGUGUGGGCAUAAUGCAGGUGAAAGUCCAGAGGACAUCCGGUGCACGAGGCCUGGUGGCCGUACCCUACAGGACCAUUGACGGGACAGCCCGCGGUGGCGAGGACUACGAAGAAGUUUCAGGAAAACUGGAGUUCCAAAAUGAUGAGACCAUGAAGAUUAUUGAAGUGAAGAUUAUCGACGAUGAGGAGUAUGAGAAGAAUAAAAGCUUCAUCAUUGAGCUGGGGGAACCGGUUCUCCUGGAGGUCGGACAGAAACAUGGAGACUCCAAUGAGAACAAGCCUGCAGUAGGAGCAGAAGAAGAAGAGGUGGCUAAGAUGGGCUGUCCCAGCCUAGGAGAACACACCAGGCUGGAGGUGGUGAUUGAAGAGUCCUAUGAGUUUAAGAGCACAGUGGAUAAGCUCAUUAAGAAGACCAAUCUGGCUCUGGUAGUGGGUAGCAGCAGCUGGAGGGAGCAGUUUGUCAGUGCGGUUACCGUGAGUGCAGGUGACGAUGAUGAGGAGGAGAGUGGCGAGGAGCGUCUUCCAUCCUGCUUCGACUACAUCAUGCACUUCCUCACCGUCUUCUGGAAGGUCCUCUUUGCCUUCGUGCCCCCCACUGAAUACUGGAAUGGGUGGGCAUGUUUCAUCGUGUCAAUCUCGUUGAUUGGCAUCUUAACAGCAGUGACGGGUGACCUGGCCUCGCACUUCGGCUGCACCGUCGGCCUAAAGGACUCUGUCACUGCCGUGGUGUUUGUAGCACUGGGCACCUCUAUACCAGACACCUUUGCCAGUAAGGUCGCUGCCAUACAGGACCAGUAUGCCGACGCCUCCAUCGGUAAUGUAACGGGCAGUAAUGCGGUCAACGUCUUCCUGGGCAUCGGUGUGGCAUGGACCAUUGCUGCUGUGUACUGGCGCACUAAGGGCAAACCCUUCCAGGUGGAUCCCGGCUCUCUGGCCUUCUCCGUCACACUCUUCACUGCCCUGUGCGUGGUGUGUGUCAGUGUGCUCCUGUACCGCCGGCGCCUCUCAGUGGCCGGAGGAGAACUCGGGGGCCCUCGGACUUGCAAACUGAUUACCUCAUUGGUCUUCAUCAUGCUUUGGCUUAUCUACAUUCUUCUGGCUUCUCUGGAAGCAUACUGCCACAUUCCUGGAUUCUGAAAGAAAGAGAGAUGAGAGAGAGAGAAAGACCCAGAGAAGGAACAGGAAUAAGGUAGUGAAGGGACUUUAGGUCGACUUCUCGCAGUAGAUCAGUAUCUCCUGACACAUUUUAGUCUUUCAAAUGAACUAUGAGUGUCUCUUCGGUUCCCACACUAUAAACUUUUCCUCUCUCGUCCGUCCUCUCUGUUCUCUAGCAGUACCUUACUGUGGGUUCCUUUCUCCUUUUGCCUUACUGUAAGACCUCUAAAGUUGUCUUAAAAUUGUCUCUGCACUCUUAAAAAUAAAGGUUCCUAGAUUGUUACUGGCUAGAACAUACAAUUCAAGGAAAAUCCAUUAAUUUGUAUACAACCUUUACAUUAUGUGGAGGUUCUUUAAACAAAGUUUCUUUAAACAAAGUGCUUCUUUGAGGAAUUGUUCAUUGAAAGGUUCUACAAAGAAUCAAAAUGGUUCUUCUGUGGUAUCGCUCCCAAGAACCCUUUUUGGCACCUUUAUUUUAAAGAGUGUACCAGUAACCAGUGAGCCUAUAGAGUUUUCCCUCUUCUUCAACCACUCCGUCCUGUUUGAGCCAGUCUGAAGAUCCGGUUUCUGAAAGUUACGUUUUUCUACUCCUUUUCAAUAGUGUCAAGUGUUAAAAGUUGUUAAAAGUUGUUAUCGUGUAAUUGUAACAGUGAUAUUCUAGAGGAUGUUUGGACCAAGACAGGUCAACAGCAACAAAGCGGAAUUGAAUAAAAUGAAGGACUGUAAGUGUUCAUGUGUGAAAGAGUUGAAGCCAAUUUCAAGAAGGAAUAACUUUCUGUAAAAAAAAAAGGAAAAAUGAUGUGAACGUGAAGAAAUGGUGUAAUACGGAAUGAGAAGAAGCUGUUUUAGUGGAGGAUUCCUUGACAGGAAGUUCUGAUCCUGGACUCAGAAAGGAAAGGAUAAAGGACCAAUCAGAAUGAGGACAAUUUAGAAAAUGGUAGUGAUGGUGCUGAAGAUUACGUAGACUGUAAAAAACUGUAAAGACUGGACAAUGACGCUGCCCAGUCCCAGGCUAUAAAAGGAUAUUCAGCAGAGCUUUCUGAUGCACGUUCUGAAUCUAAACACUAGUAAGCUGUGUGCUAAAGUGCAGUGAGAGUCAGGGAGCAAUGUGUGUGAUGGCAUUUAGCGUGGGGGACGUCCACUUUUGUAACGUCGGAAAAAAAAAGGAAAAGUGUUACUAUGGAAAUGCUGGACGGGCAUGGGAAAUGACCUUUGCCACAGAAAAGCCCUGAAGUAGUCUGUGUGCUCAGAGCAUGUACACAGUCUGUUCUCACUGGAGCGUUUUAUGUGAUCAAACGUUGCAGGUGUUAUUACUAUUAAUGCUAUUUUUAUUUUGAUAUACUGAUUACAAUACUUGGUCGCUGUUGUCAGACUACAACCCCAAUGUUACUGUAUGUUACCCGUCGUCACUGUUUAUGUUGUCCAGGUCAAUGUUUGUGACAAUUGGACUUACUGUGAUUUGGGGAAUCAGAGAAUGAUAGAGCAGGACCGAGAGGGAGACAGAAAGAGAAAGCUAGACAGAGAGAGAAAGUUACACUUCAUCCUCCCUCUGUCUCUGUCUGCUGUAUUUCUGCGUUUUAAGAGUGAUUGACAGAAUAGUCACAUGCAAACGAGAAAAAAAGGAAAGAAGAGCAAGGAAAAAAAACUGGGAGAAGUGUGACAGAUUUAGUACUCGUGCAGACGUUUAGCUAUUCAGAGUAGCUGCCUCAGCCUAAUACAUUGUUUUGAGUGAUGGGAUGCGUAUGCAGUGUAUUUUUAGGACCUCCUGUUGCUAGGCGACCAUUCCAGAGAGUCAUUGUCUUGUCUGAGCCUGUUGAUACUCUGUGUGUAUGUAUGCGUGUGUGUGUGUGUGCGUGUGUGUGUGUGUGCGUGUGUGUGUGUGCGUGCGUGUGUGUGUGUGUGUGGUAAUUGCCUUUUAAGGUCACUACCUUUCUUUCCUGCAGUCUGCUCAUUCCUUAGUCCUAAUGAAUUGAAGGCCAGCCCAGAAACAUCCCAAUGCAAAAACAACUGCUGUAAUUGGAUUCUAUCAGCAGAUAGCUGGAGUGUUUUCUGAAUGAGAGAGAGCGAGAGCAAGAGUGGGGGAGGAGCUUCAGUGACGUUUGGAGAUAAAGAAUGGAGGGGAUUAGUUGGGAGAGUGUUUCUGGAUUAAGAGUCAGAUAGGUGAUUGUGGGAAAUGUAGUUGUAGAGAAUGGAAAUGUAGUUUGUUGCUGUCAUACCAAAACCUUGUAACCCUUGUAACGUUUUGUUUUAUUGUUUCUUUUUUUAUUUGUGCCAUUUGAAAGCCAGCUGCCUUUUACAUUGUAUGAUCAUUUCAUUAUAAUUUGACCAAUAGAAAUGCUC